AUCGAUAAAAAUAAACGAGGGCUACAAAAGCAGUAUACGUGUCGUGUCGUCGCUUUCUCAUUCGUUUUGUUAUUUUUGGGCUGAAAGUACGUCGUUGUGCUUUACAUAAAACAUAAAAAAUAUGGCUCCACCACAGAGAAUGCGCGUCGCCAACGAGAAGGCCAGCAAAUAUGUGACAAUGCGUGGCAAUGUACCCAAAUCCUCGAAAACGAAAGAAGGCCAAUAUCCCGUGGGACCCUGGCUCCUGGCACUUUUCAUCUUUGUGGUCUGCGGCUCUGCCAUUUUCCAGAUCAUUCAGUCGAUACGUGCCGCGUAAGGAAAAGCUACUCCCGUAUAUAACAACACCCACAAAAGAGCAGCCGCGCAUCUGGAGGAAGAUAAUAGACCUUUCCGGAACCACCUCCACUUGCUACUUCUAUAACCUUUCCUAGC